AUGGAAAACUCCUCGGAAUGGAGCAACAUUUCACUCGACUCUGAUUUUGAGCCCUGUGCCACGCUGAGGAGCUCCGGUUCACGAGUUGCCCUCUACGUCUUCAUCAUCACCGGGAUCGCCUGCACUGUUGUUGGCAACUUCCUGGUGGUUCUCGCCAUUGCUUACUUCAAACAGCUGCAGUGCCGUACUAACUCUUUCGUCAUGUCUCUGGCUGUCGCUGACUUCCUGGUGGGCCUGGUGGUUAUGCCAUACAGUAUGGUCAGAACAGUGGAAGGAUGUUGGCAUUUCGGCCCAACCUUCUGCCAUCUUCACUCCAGCUUGGACGUUAUGCUCUGCACGGCCUCCAUCUUCCAUUUGAGCAGCAUCGCUUUUGACCGCUAUUACGCCGUCUGCAACCCUUUGGUGUAUUCGUUUAAGAUGUCCCGUGAACGCGUGGGUCUGCUGAUUGUGGUUUGCUGGGCCAUUCCAUUCCUCAUCGCCUUUGGCCCAAUCCUCCUCGGGCUGCACAAGCUAGGAAUGGAUGUUCCUUUGCCUGAAAAUGUGUGCAUCUUCUUGGUUAACCGUGUUUAUGCCGUCAUGGCAUCCCUUGUUGCAUUUUACCUGCCUAUAGUGACCAUGUUGGUGGCCUACUGGAAGAUCUACAAAGCGGCCAAGCGGCAAGUCAUGCAGAUAAGUGCAAUGGAGGCACAGAUGGCAGCAGAUGUGGGCAAGGACUCGAGCAAGAAACAAAAACAUCGCAAUUCUAUAAGGAGGGAAAGAAAAGCAGCCAAAACUCUGGGCAUCAUCAUGGGGGUUUUCCUUCUCUUCUGGUUGCCCUUCUUUACUGUUAAUAUUGUCGACCCGUUCAUUGAGUACGGGACUGCUGCUGUGAUA